UUAAGAAAAGAUUUUUCGCCUUAUUUAAAAAUUCAAGUAAAAAAUGACAGAAAUUUUUAGAAAAAAAAAAGCGAAGUGCCAAAUAAAAAACCAUAUCAUCUAUAAAAUAUUAGACAUGCAUUGAAUUCAAUUUUUUUUUUUAUUUUUGAACGAAAAUUGACUUUUUCUAAAGAGGGCUUAAAUGGUAUUAUAUUUAUUUAUCAUAACAAGAAUUCUAUUGGACUCAAUAUAGAAAAUGUUUCAUUGUCCAUGUUUGUUUGUCUCUAUCGACUAUUUUUCUUGAUUAUGAUUUGUUAUUUAAAAGCGAAUAGAUAUGAAGAGAAAGAAAAGAAAGGGUCACAGGUGACGUAUUACUAAGAUAAAUCGAGCAUAUGUUCGAUUGAUUGAUUUGGAGACAAACAACCAAAAAAAAAAGAAUUUUGUAUAUGUUUUAGAUGUUGUUGUCUUGCCAAUUAUUAUCAUGCAACGUUUAGCUGAUUAUUUUCUUGUGGUCGGUUAUGAUCAUGAUGAAGAACGAGGUGGUCGUUCAUGUGGUAAAAUAAUUCAACGUUUUCCCGAUAAAGAUUGGUCUGAUUGUUCAUUUAAUCCACGUGUUAUACAUUUUUGUCAACCACAAGGAUGGAUAUUAACAGCAAAACGUGAAUUACCAACAUUUUUUAUAUCAAUUUUAACUGAUUUAGAUGGUUUAAGACAUUAUUGUGCUUGUUUAACAUUUCAUCAAACACUUUUACCAGCAACAACAAAUAUUUUAUUAAAUAAAACAAAUGAUUAUAGUGAUGAAGCUGAUGAUACAGCUUUUUUAUUACCUCGUACACAAAUGUAUGCACCAAAAUGUUUAGUACUUACAUCAAAAUUAGAUUGUUUCGAAGCAUUUAGAUUUUCGUUUAUAAUUAUUAUUAUUAUUAACAUACCAGGUGGUGGUACAUUGACAUUUGCAAGAAUAUUACCAACAAGUGUUUCAAUUCGUAUAUCUGACGAAGGUUCGACAUACAUUGUGUAA